GCGGAGUUCCGGUUGGGGUCUGUUGAGGCGGAUAUUGGGCGCCACGGAGCAAAACAUCAAACCAUGGUUCUUGCUAGCUCGAAUAAAACAAUUGGACUUCAGCAAAACACUGCCUGCAUCAGGAAUAUUUGUAUACUGGCUCAUGUAGACCAUGGCAAAACAACUUUAGCUGAUUGUCUCAUUUCUAGCAAUGGAAUAAUAUCCAGAAGAUUGGCAGGAAAGCUGAGGUAUUUGGAUAGCCGAGAAGAUGAGCAGGUUCGAGGUAUCACAAUGAAAUCAAGUGCAAUUUCAUUGCUCUUUGUGAAAGAUGAUCACGAACAUCUCAUCAAUCUAAUAGACUCCCCUGGCCAUGUAGAUUUCUCUUCAGAAGUGUCCACAGCUGUCAGACUUUGUGAUGGUUGCAUCAUUGUAGUAGAUGCCGUGGAAGGAGUCUGCCCACAGACACAUGCAGUGUUGCGUCAAGCUUGGCUGGAGAAUAUCCGUCCAGUCCUGGUGAUUAAUAAAAUAGAUCGCCUUAUCUUGGAACUCAAAUUUACCCCUCAGGAAGCAUAUUCUCACCUUAAGAUCAUCUUGGAACAGGUGAAUGCAAUCACCGCUACACUCUUCACCUCCCAAAUCCUUGAAAAAAGAGCUGAGAAAGACAUGGAAGUUCAGCUGAAUUCUGAUCCUACUAAUGGAGACCAGGUUUAUGACUGGAGCACAGGCUUGGAGUAUACAGAUGAUUCCCACCUUUAUUUUUCACCAGAUCAGGGGAAUGUAGUAUUUGCCAGUGCAAUUGAUGGCUGGGGGUUUGGUAUUGAACAUUUUGCUAAGCUGUACAGCCAGAAGAUGGGAAUCAAACCAUCAGUGCUAUUGAAGACUCUCUGGGGAGAUUAUUAUUUAAAUACGAAAGCUAAAAAGAUCAUGAAAGUUGACCAGCUGAAAGGGAAGAAGCCUUUGUUUGUGCAACUGGUGCUGGAAAAUAUAUGGAGUCUCUAUGAGGCAGUUACAAAGAGAGACAAAGAGAAAAUAGAGAAAAUAAUCUCCUCUCUGGGACUAAAAAUUGGUGCUCGUGAAUUACGCCACACAGAUCCAAAGGUUCAGCUUAAUGCCAUUUGUAGUCAGUGGCUACCAAUAUCAGAUGCAGUUCUCUCCAUGGUUUGUGAUAAGCUUCCUAGCCCUCUUGAUGUCACUGUUGAGAGAGUGGAAAAGCUGAUGAGUGCUGGAGCUAAAGCGUUUGAUUCUCUGCCGCAAGAAACACAAGAUCUGAAAGAGGCGUUCAUGAAAUGCAGCAGUGAAGAAACUGCCCCCGUCAUUGUGUUUGUUUCCAAAAUGUUUGCAGUUGAUGCUAAGACAUUACCACAGAACAAACCAAGGCCUUUGUCACAAGAAGAAAUAGCCCAAAGGCAUGAGCGUGCGAGGCAGCGGCGUGCUGAAAAGUUGGUGACUGCUCAAGAGCAAGAGUCAGCAUCUGACGGGAUUGGAGGAAAUUUGAUCGACCAAACUUCAGAGGCAGAAGAGAAUCGAGGGGAUAGCCAGCUGCCCACUACUCAGUCAGAGACCAUGAUCACAGCUGCUGGGAAUCAAGAGCCUGAAACCAAGGAAGCUUUCAUUGCUUUUGCGAGGGUGUUCAGUGGUGUUGUGAAAAGGGGGCAGAAGCUCUUUGUCCUCGGACCAAAAUAUGAUCCUCUUGAAUCACUGCACAAGCUUCCUCUGGGAAGUUCUCCUGCUGAUUCCCUGCCAUCAGUGCCUCAUUUAGCUUGCUGCACAUUGGAAAAUCUCUAUUUAUUAAUGGGGAGGGAGCUUGAGGAAUUACAGGAAGUGCCUUCGGGGAAUGUGCUUGGAAUAGGUGGCUUGCAAGAGUUUGUUUUAAAAUCAGCAACCCUGUCGUCAUCUCCAGCUUGUCCGCCGUUUAAUCCACUCAACUUCGAAGCAACACCGAUUGUACGCGUUGCUGUUGAGCCAAAACACCCAAGUGAGAUGCCUCAGUUGGUUAAAGGAAUGAAGCUUUUAAACCAAGCUGAUCCAUGUGUACAGAUUUUAAUCCAAGAGACAGGCGAGCAUGUCUUAAUUACUGCAGGAGAAGUCCAUCUUCAGCGCUGUUUGGAUGACUUGAAAGAAAGGUUUGCCAGGAUAGAAAUCAGUGUAUCAAAGCCAAUUAUCCCGUUCCGAGAAACCAUAACAAGACCUCCAAAAGUUGAUAUGGUGAACGAAGAAAUAGGAAAGCAGCAGAAAGUUGCUGUCAUACACCAGAGUAAGGAGGAGCAGAAUAAAAUCCCUGAAGGUGUGCAAGUGGAUUCAGAUGGACUUAUAACAAUAUCAACACCAAACAAAUAUGCCACUCUUAGCGUACGGGCAACACCACUUCCGGAGGAGGUAACCCAGCUGCUGGAGGAGAACAGUGAGUUAAUUCGAACCAUAGAACUGUUUACCUCUUCUCUUAACGAAGACAAGAAAACAGAGGAGAUGAAUCAGAAGACUCUCAGCCGGAUACAGGAGUUCAAACAAAAACUAAAACAAAGCCUGCAGGGCCGGAAAUGGAGGAAUGCCGUUGAAGGAAUCUGGUCCUUUGGCCCCCGAAAGUGUGGCCCUAACAUCUUACUGAAUAGAUGUGAAGGCUACAGCAGGUCUAUUUGGCAGUGCCUAGAAGGCAUCAAGCUGGCAAAAGAGGCAAGUCUGUAUCGGGAUUUUGACAACAGCAUAAUAAAUGGGUUUCAGCUGGCUACACUCUCAGGACCAAUGUGUGAGGAACCACUGAUGGGUGUCUGCUUUUCUGUGGAGAAAUGGGACAUGAGCAGAUUUGCUGAGCAGAUGUCACUUAACCGGCAGGAUUUAGACAAGGGAAAAGCCACAGAAGAGACGGGCGGCGAGGAGGAACCCUCCCCUCUGUCAAGGACCGAUACCAAACCCCUGUCUGAAAACAAACUCCAAGAUGAUGAUAGGUGCAACCUAAAAUCACUGAACAAGCGUAAAGGGGAGAUGUUAAACACAGACUGUUACGGCCCUUUCUCUGGCCAGCUGAUUGCAACCAUGAAGGAAGUGUGCCGCUAUGCCAUGCAAGUCAAGCCGCAGAGGCUUAUAGCCGCCAUGUACACCUGUGAAAUUAUGGCCACAGCAGAAGUACUGGGUCGUGUCUACGCCGUCCUAUCCAAACGAGUUGGUCGAGUAUUGCAAGAGGAAAUGAAGGAAGGGACAGACAUAUUUAUCAUCAAGGCGUUGUUGCCGGUGGCAGAGAGCUUUGGUUUUGCUGAUGAAAUCAGGAAGAGAACAAGUGGCCUGGCCAGUCCACAGCUGGUGUUCAGUCACUGGGAGGUCAUUUCGGAUGAUCCAUUUUGGGUACCAACCACCGAGGAGGAGUAUUUGCACUUUGGGGAGAAAGCCGAUUCCGAGAAUCAGGCUCGCAAGUACAUGAAUGCUGUGAGGAAGCGGAAAGGACUGUAUGUAGAAGAGAAAAUUGUGGAGCAUGCUGAGAAGCAGAGGACUCUCAGCAGAAACAAAUAACUGUUGCUUUUUCCUUAAAAGCAAGCAAAUUAUCUUCUGUUCCAGAGAUUCAGAAAAGUCACCUUGGAUGUGCUGAGCUCCAUGGCUUUCCUUACACUUGGUUGUCUGUGGCUUGCGUUUGAAUAAACUGAAGCUUUCUAUUUUC